AUGGUCACUGCCAAGAUAAAGGUAAUGAAUAAUAAUAAUGAAUUCAUAAAUUGUCGCACGCUACUUGACAGCUGCUCUACUACGAACCUUAUCACAGAAAGGCUAGCUACAAUACUAGGUCUCCAUCGGAAAAAAUUUUUGGCAUCCAUUGGAGGAUUGCAUAAUCUACUAACAAAGACUCAGCAAAUAGUAACUACCACUAUAAAAUCGCGAAUCAAUGAUGAGAAAAGAAGAUUGACAUUUUUGAUCAUUCCCAGCAUCUCAGAGACUGUACCUAGCCAACCACUCGAUAGAGAGAAAAUAAAAAUACCAAAUCAUCUGAAACUUGCUGAUCCAGACUUCUUCUGUCCAGCACCAAUUGACAUGUUAAUAGGGACAGGGACCACUAUUGGACUUUUAGGAACUGAUAAGAUGCGAUUAUCUCCUAAAAAUCAACCAGAGCUCUAUUUAUUAAGAACUUCUCUGGGAUGGGUCAUCGGAGGGGGAGCACCCACUUCUAAUCCUAAACAAAAACAUUCAUGUCAUUUCACGACCACCAAGGCUUCAGAGUUCGAAUUGGCUAGAUUCUGCACUAUAAAAAUCACGUCACUCGCGAUUCCACAGGAAGAACUUGCUCAGCAGUACAAUGGAGUUCUCCAGGAAUACAUUGACCUAGGGCACAUGCAGGAAGUAAGUCCGUCUUCACUAGUCGACUACGGAUAUUAUUUACCACAUCACGCCGUGUUCAAGGAAGGCAGCCUCACGACAAAGGUUAGAGUAGUCUUUGAUGGGUCCGCCAAAACACAUACUGGAAUCUCGUUGAAUGAGACGCUGCAUGUUGGACCAACUAUUCAGGAGGACAUCUUUGCAUUGCUCAUACGAUUCCGCAUCCAUCAUUUUGCCGUGACUGCUGACAUUGAAAAAAUGUACAGGCAAGUUCUGGUGAGGCCAGAAGAUCGGAAGUACCAACGGAUUCUGUGGCGUAAUGAUGACGGUCCUGUACGAACCUUUCAACUCAAUACUGUGACUUUCGGCCUCUCAGCAGCACCAUAUCUAGCAAUUAGAUCAAUUCACCAGCUGGUUGAAGAUGACGGCCAUUUAUACCCAAUUGGCGCUCAAGCCUUGAAGAACGAUUGCUACGUAGACGACUUGAUAUCCGGAGCAGACACCAGGCAAGGAGCCAUCGCUAUCCAGCAAGAGGCCGAGUAUCUUGUCCAACGGGGAGGCUUCAAGCUUCGUCAAUGGGCCUCAAAUGACCCUUCACUGCUUCAAGAAGUCCCACCCGAUGAUAUCAAUCGCCAUUUACUAUUGGGAGAUUCCAAGACAUUGAAAACCUUGGGGCUCGGUUGGAACUCUACGAUGGACUCAAUCCAAUAUUUCGUGAAAUCUUCAACUGAUGUACAAAUAACGAAAAGAGUUAUCCUCUCCGAAACGGCAAAACUAUUCGAUCCACUAGGUCUGCUAUCACCUGUUGUCGUUAUAGCAAAGACAUUCAUCCAAAAACUCUGGGAGUUGAAGGUUCACUGGGACACACCACUGCCACCAGACAUUCAGGAGGAAUGGAGUAAUUAUUACAAGGAAUUACCACUUGUUCAAACCAUCAACUCCCCACGCAGAGUACGAAUAAAAGAAGCUAUUGAGCUGCAGCUCCAUGGAUUUUGCGAUGCUAGUGAAGUAGCAUAUGGGGCCUGUGUUUAUCUAAGAUCAAAGGACAAGGACGGGAAUGUUAUUGUCAGCCUUUUGUGUGCUAAGUCCAGGGUUGCUCCACUUAAAAGGCAAACAAUCCCACGGUUAGAAUUGUGCGGUGCCUUACUCCUAACGACUCUGGUUGACAAUUUGAAAACAUGUAUUCACCAUCGAAUUGACCGAAUCUGUUAUUGGACGGACUCUACUGUCGUUCUGCACUGGUUAAAUACUUCUUCAAAUAAAUUACCGGUAUUUGUAAGCAACAGAGUCAUGAAUAUUCAGGAAAAAACAAAUAUCAGCAAUUGGAAGCACGUGAGGACCCAUGAGAAUCCAGCAGAUCUGGUGUCUCGAGGACAGGUCCCCUCAGAGUUCAUAAAACCAUCACUUUGGCUGACGGGAGCUCCCUGGCUGGCAUCUGAGGAAACCACCUGGCCUGAUUUACAACUCCAAUUCUCAUCACCAGCGCCCGAAGAAAAGAAGCCGAAACCCAGACCAGCCAAGGUAUGCCUCGCUAUUUCUCAUAGCACUAAAGAGAAAAUCUCACGACAAGGCAACGCUCUUAUUUGGUAUUCAUCAAUGAAAAAACUCGAACGGAUAAUCGCACAUUGCCUCAGACUGAAAAAUCGCAAAACUGGUCCAAUGGCAGCUGAAGAAUUGGAGGCUGCUCUUCAGGCAAUUAUUUAUUGGGUACAACAAGAAACUUUCGCCCCGGUGAUCAAAGCAUUACGUCAAGAUGUUAAAUCUUCAACUCAACAAUCAGAAUUAGCAAAAUUCAACAAGCUCAGCCCCUUUCUGGACAAACGGGGACUCUUACGAGUUGGUGGUCGAUUGAGAAAUGCUUUUAUUCCAUUUUCCCAACGUCAUCCUCUCAUCUUGCCGAAACGUCACCAUGUUACAAGACUUAUCAUCGAAAAUGAACACAUCGAGCAUCUACACUCUGGAUCGCAGGCCACACUCUAUGCUACUCGUCGUCGAUUUUGGCCACUCGAUGGAAGAAAUGUAACUCGACAAAUUGUCCGCAGUUGCAUCAAAUGCAUUCGUCACAAGCCCCCGUCAAUUGAUUAUAUCAUGGGGAGCUUGCCAACGGCUCGUGUGACAGAAUCUCGUCCUUUCUCUAACGUCGGAGUCGAUUAUUGCGGACCUUUUUUCAUAAAGGAAAAGAAAAUCCGUAACAAGGGCCGAGUAAAGAUUUGGGUCGCAGUUUUUGUAUGCCUCGCCGUGAAGGCCGUACAUUUGGAAGUCGUCAGCGAUCUCUCCGCCGAAACAUUCAUUGGUGCCCUACGUCGAUUAGUCGCCCGGAGAGGUAUGUGCAUCAAUCUAUACUCUGAUAAUGGAACAAACUUCGUCGGAGCAAACAAUGAACUUACAGAAAUCUAUGCCUUUCUCAAGAAUGAAGAAAAUCAAGCCAAAAUUAAAAAUUACACUUCAUCCAAAUCAAUCCAAUGGUAUUUCAUACCACCUCAGUCACCACACUUUGGAGAAGGGGUUUUGAAUUCAAGGCCAAUUACACCAAUUUCAUCAGAUCCGAACGAUGUUAUUGCCCUCACGCCUGGACAUUUUUUGAUCGGCGACUCUUUAACGAAUCUUCGCGGCCCCAAUUUUUCACAAACUUCAACCAAUCGAUUAUCAUCCUGGCAACAUAUUCAGAAACUAAAACAGGAUUUUUGGAGUCGGUGGCACCGAGAGUAUAUCAGCGAACUAAGUCUACGAUCAAAAUGGGUUAAGGGAGAACACUUCAUCAAAGAAGGCACCAUAGUCCUAAUAAAGGAGGACAAUCUACCAGCACAACAAUGGGCCCUAGGCAGAGUGAUCCACGCUCAUCCAGGAAAGGACAACAUGCUUCGAACUGUGACAUUAAAAACAGCCAAGGGGAUAUUUGAUCGCAGCGUCAAGAAGCUCGCGCCCUUACUUUAUAACGAUGAAUAA